GCAAAAGAGAUUACUGGUCGAGAUCCCACUUUUGGAUCCAGUUGGAGUUGAGAUUCCAAGCUUAACAGGUCGCUUGUCACUCAUCUCUAGACUAGUUUCAGUUCCUUCGAGACUCUGCGACAUUUUUUUUUAAACUUUAACUCUUGUUGUGUCUUAGCUACUUGCAAUUUAGAUCAGUGCAAUUUAAAAUUGAAUUUGUGUGAUCGGGUUUAUAUUUUGACUAUUUACUUACCGAUUGAGGACUAGUUUUCUAAUUGAAUACUCGUGUUGAGAAUCAGAGUGAUUGAUUUUAAUUAGACUUUAUCUAAAUGGCUGUCAGCACCCUCAACAUGGCGACAUACUUCACCACUGGUGGAUAUCCUUUCCAAGGACAAGGAAGAGUUAACCAACUGGGUGGAGUCUUUAUCAACGGUCGUCCUCUUCCGAAUCAUACUAGAUUGAAAAUUGUAGAGAUGGCUGCUAAUGGAGUCAGACCAUGUGUGAUCUCUAGACAACUUAGAGUUUCACAUGGAUGUGUGUCUAAGAUCCUUAAUAGGUAUCAGGAAACUGGAUCUAUCAGACCAGGUGUCAUUGGUGGAUCUAAGCCCAGAGUUGCUACGCCAGAAGUUGAAACAAGGAUUGAAGAACUUAAGAGACAAAAUCCUGGAAUUUUUUCAUGGGAGAUCAGAGAUAGAUUAAUAAAGCAGGACGGUGUAUGUGACAAAACAUCAGCACCAUCAGUAUCAAGCAUCUCUCGUCUACUUCGAGGACCAAAUCAAACUCGUCCUGGAGAUGAUCUUCGACGUAAUCAUUCAAUAGACGGUAUCCUUGGUGGUAGCAGUGGUGAUGACUCUGAGACCGAAAGUGAGCCUGGAAUUGCCUUGAAAAGGAAGCAGAGACGAAGUAGAACUACUUUUACUGGAGAACAGCUGGAACAACUUGAAGCUGCUUUUCUCAGAACUCAGUAUCCUGAUGUCUAUACCAGAGAAGAACUUGCUCAAAAAACAAAACUCACAGAAGCUAGAGUACAAGUGUGGUUCAGUAACAGACGUGCUCGGCUACGUAAACAGCUCAACAGUCAACAAUUGAAUGCAUUCAAUACGAUGAGCCUUCAAUCUUUCCCAACUCAACACUAUCCCAGCAGUGCCGACAGCUACCAAAGCUACGGCCAGGCAUCAGUAGCUGCGGCUGCAGCCACCACAGCGGGAUAUCCUCAGCACUACAAUUAUGGGGAGAACUACUAUAGCACUCAGCAACAGUGGCCUCGAGCAACAUCCGAAAACUAUGGACUUUUCAACAGUCCUCACUACGCAAGUUCCAACCUCUCAUCCAAUUUAUCACCAACCAACCUGAAUUUGGGAGGCUUAGGUGGCAGCGUGAGUCCAACAGGUUCCAACAUGAGUGCCUGCAUGGUCCAAGGUGCAUCUCCAUCAGCAGGAAUGGGUCAUCACCAUGUGACCCCACACAGUCCAAGUGAAGCUAAGAGUGGAUACCCAUACCUGGGAUCAAUUGAUUCCCAAGUGUGUGGACGAGUUCACUAAAUGAAGAAUGCCUUAUACUGAUGUUAAUACUUAAUCUAGAAUUAUAAUUGUUAUAUUGUUGAUAAUAAUAUUAGUUUAAUGAAUUAGACAAUGAAUAUUUGUCUAGCAAAGUGGACAAACUUACCCAGUGAUUUAAGUAAAAUUAAAUAAUAAUUAUUUAUGAGACUCGUAGCUACCAUGAGAAAAUUUAAAUAAUGACCAAGUAAAACAGUGCCUUGUAUUUACAUUUUGCAUAUUACUUGAGUAAACAAUAAGACUAUUAUUAUUAAUAAUUAG